ACCGCAGAAAGGGGAGGAUGAAAAAUGGUAAAAGUUGUCGAAAGUUUGCAGCUGUGUCACGGCACUACGCCUCUCUCUCUCUCGUAUAUUUUGUUAUCACUCGAAGGGGGGGCGGGAGAGAAUCCCACCUCCUCCUUCCCCCCUUCCCCUCUCUCUCUCUUCCUCUUCGUCUGGAUUUGCUUCUCCUUUCCUAGAGAAUUCCUUCCUCUUUCUCCGCCAUGACCCUUCCAUCGCUCGCCUCCCUCUCCGUCGCUUUUUAGACCGAACCAGACUGCUGCAAUCGAAACCAAGCGUACGUCUUUCUUUCUCUGCGCAAUAAAAGGUCGCAUCCCGUCUCUCGCUCUCCCCCCCUUCCUCCUUUUUUACCUUCUUAUCUCUUGCUCUUUUCACCGCCCGUCCCUUCCUUGUACGCAUUUCAUCACUAUUUGGGCAAUUUCAUAUCCUUGGAAGGUGAGCUUUCACGAGCUCUCCUUAGAGCAGCGAGAGAGAGAGAAAACGUACUAGAAUCAUGGUGCUUGUUGUAAAAGGAUAGAGGGGAUCUUUAGAGGCACGAGAUAAAGAAGAAGGAAGAGAUGAAGAUGGAGCCCCAUUAUCAUCGCCCGGAUCACCAGCUACAGUUUCCGGAAGAAGGCGGAGCCAAGUGUCCGGCCACCGGAAAGGUCAAAAUGGAGGAGCCCGACGCCGGGGUGGACGAGCUGCUGGCGGCCUUGGGGUACAACGUCCGGUCGUCGGACAUGGCAGAGGUGGCGCAGAAGCUGGAGCAAUUGGAGAUGGUGAUGGGCAGCGCUCAGGAGGACGGCAUAUCGCACCUCUCCUCCGAGACCGUGCACUACAACCCCUCCGAUAUAGCGACCUGGAUCGAGACCAUGCUCUCGGAGCUGAACCCUCCGCCUUCCCCAAAUCUGGGCGACGUGGCUACCAAUCUCUCCGGGACAACCACCGUGGCAAGCACCACCACCACCACGACAACCGCCACGGCCGGUCAUCCUGGUUGGAGUUCCGAACACCACGUUCAACACCAGCGGGCAGAAUCUUCCUCCACCGCCAGCGGUAAGGAAACAAUUCUUCCCCCGCCUCUCCUACCGCCAGAUUUUAGUGACGAAAUCUCAGGCAUAGAGGGGGUCGUGUACGGUCGUGGGGUUCCUAGGCAAAAGAAGCGUAUGAAAUUGGAGGAGCCCCUCGCGUCGGAAGCGGUACCGGUGCCGACGCCAGCACCGGUGGAGCCGCGGCCAGUGGUGGUGGUGGACUCGCAGGAGACGGGCAUCCGUUUGGUCCACACCCUGAUGGCCUGCGCAGAGGCCAUCCAGCAGGACAACCUCAAGUUGGCAGAAGCACUGGUGAAGCAGAUUGGCGUCUUGGCGGCUUCUCAAGCAGGAGCAAUGAGAAAGGUCGCCACCUUCUUCGCAGAGGCGCUCGCCCGCCGGAUCUACCGCCUUUACCCGAGUGAUUCCCCUAAUGACGCCUUCUCCGACCUCCUCCAGAUGCAUUUCUACGAAGCUUGCCCAUACCUCAAGUUCGCCCACUUCACUGCCAACCAGGCCAUCCUGGAGGCCUUCGCCGGCAAACCCCGGGUCCACGUGAUCGACUUCAGCAUGAAGCAGGGGAUGCAGUGGCCGGCGCUCAUGCAGGCACUGGCACUCCGCCCCGGCGGCCCGCCUGCUUUCCGCCUCACCGGCGUCGGCCCUCCCCAACGGGACAACUCCGACCCCUUGCAGGAGGUCGGAUGGAAGCUCGCCCAGUUCGCGGAGACCAUCAACGUCGAGUUCGAGUACCGUGGCCUCGUGGCCGCAAGCCUGGCGGACAUCGAGGCCUACAUGCUCGACCUCCGACCCACCGAUGGUGAGGUGGUGGCAGUGAACUCCAUCUUCGAGCUCCAUCAGCUGCUGGCGCAGCCGGGGGCAAUGGACAAGGUGCUGUCGCUGGUGCGCAGCGUCCAGCCACAGAUCGUGACGAUGGUCGAGCAGGAGGCCGCUCACAAUGGGCCAGUUUUCCUUGACCGCUUCACGGAGGCUCUUCACUACUACUCAUCAUUGUUCGACUCGCUCGAGGGCUGCACAGGAGGGUCGUCGCCGGCUACCGGACAGGACCAGGUGAUGUCGGAAGUGUAUCUCGGGCGGCAGAUAUGCAACAUCGUGGCGUGCGAGGGUGCCGAGCGGGUGGAGCGCCACGAGACGCUGGGGCAGUGGAGGGCGAGAAUGGGGGCGGCCGGCUUCGCUCCCGUCCACCUGGGAUCCAACGCGUUCAAGCAGGCGAGCAUGCUGCUGGCUCUCUUCGCCGGUGGGGACGGUUACAGGGUGGAAGAGAACAAUGGGUGCCUUAUGCUCGGAUGGCACACCCGCCCCCUCAUCGCCACCUCCGCCUGGCAGCUCCUCCCCUCUUCCGCGUCCUCCUCCUCGUGAACCGUCCGUUGAUGAUUACGAGGACCUCUCUAUCGCGCUUUUUUCCUCCGCUUCUCUCUGAAUCUGAGAACGCAUCCUCAAUUCCAGUCACUUUUUUCCUUUGCUCGGCAUCCCCACCUUCCACUUGUUAAUUUUCCACGUAUUAGCUGUACAUUUUUGCUGCUUGGAGAUGUGAAAAUCAAUAAGAGGAGCUUCUGUGUGUUUUAAGUUUA